UGAUAUUUUCACCGAAGCACACCGAAGCUGGUUCAGUGGGCGGAGUCACAGCCUCCCCACCAUUUCACUUAGUCACAACUGCCGAGAAUAAGACAUUUUUACUUUCGUUUUUGCCUCGCAAGUAGUUUUAUUUGGCCAAACAUACGAUUCCUUUUCAGUGGGCUCCUAAAAACCACUGAAGGUGAAAUCAUGAAGAUAAUACUUGGAGUUCUCGUCGGGCUGCUCUGUGUCCUCCCUUCAAAAGCGAAAGAAUCUGCACCCAAGGUGCAGUUCUACAGCAGAGACCCAGGAUAUGUGGGGAAAGAAAACACCCUCAUCUGUCAUGUGAGUGGCUUCCACCCACCAGAACUCUCCAUUAAAGUGCUCAGAAAUGGAUUUGAGCUCCCCGAAUCCAAACAGAGUGACCUGGCCUUUGAGGAGAACUGGCACUAUCACCUAACAAAACACGUGCCUUUCACCCCAUCUCCAAGCGACACUUACACCUGCAUUGUGACUCACCUUGGAACACCCAAGGAAUACACCUGGGAAACAGAUAUGUAAUCUCCAGCUUGCUCCAGGUCUGCUCAGUCCAAGCGACAUGAAGAAGAUUUGUCUAUAAUCUUGUUUCGUCAUCAAAUGAGAGUGUGCCUGCAUCAGCUGUGUUUUUGUAUCAGAAAUGCAAAAUGGCAAUGAAGCUCCUUUAAGUAAUUCUUGAUUUGAAAGGAAGCAGCAAGCCAUGACCAAUCCUGGAUAGUAUGUUAGGGAUAAUAUGCAGUGAGCCGUUCAUUAAAUUGAAAAGAAACCUCGCUCAAUGACCGGCUCGCUGCAUAUUAUCGUCCUUAUUACACGGCUACUUGCUCAAUGAAUAAUUUGACAUAACAUAUUGAUUCAAACUUGACUUAAUGUGAUUAGCAACAUAACUUAAAAUGACUGUAGCACUUAUCGAGGUUUUUCUGCCUCGUAACGGUUCAGAUCUGGUAAAAUGUUCUUGUUCAGAGCAUCCUUAGCAAUGUUCUGUUAUAAAGAAAGGAAGAACCGCUAAACACCCAAAUUGACCAAUCGGAAUUACGUAUUUUACUGAGCCGUACUUUCACAAUAAAUAAGGUAGAGGGGAAAUGAUCUCAGAGGAAACUAUUUACACUGAUUAUUGGAGAUGCACAAGCCUUCCUGUGUGUGUUUGAUGCUUGCUAUAAGGGCUUAAAAAAAUUCUCAUGGUAUCUCAUGAAUUAUCUGGUGCACUUUUUAUUUUGUGAAGUGUAAGUAGUGAUUACUCUUUCUUGAGUUUACAACAGCGUGUGUCUUUAUUAUAAGUACAAAACAAUGCAUGAUCCUUUAUUUUCCAUGUUCGUGUAGCUAAAGUAAAUGUCAGUUUGACAUACAGCUCUGGAAAAAAUGAAGAGACAACUCCAAAUGUUUCUUUAAUCUCAGGCUCAACAUGUAUGGCAGCCAUUCCACUGUCUGUUGAAUUCCAACACAGAGAAAUGAUGUCAGUAGUUUAUAGAAUACAAUAAACAAAAAAUAAUAAUAAUUGAACUCAAAGACACACCUAUAAAUAGUAAAACCAGAGAAACUGAUUAGGCUGCUGUUGUCUUUUAAUCUUUUCCAGUGCUGUAAUUCACUUGUUCCUCUGUAAAUGUAUAUUAUACAAUAUGGUUGAUUUAAUAAAAAUGUCCAUGAUAUUUGAA